AUGGGUAAAGAUUGGUAUUGGGGUGCCAGAAAAUCCUCCAAGAAAACAACACCUCAAACAGAUAUCCCUUCUGGUUGCAUGUGUGCACUUUUUCAAACCUUUGAUUUUCAUCCCUUUCACUUUUCCAUUAACCAACCACAACAACAUCACUCUCCCAUUAACUCCAUCUCCAAAGAACCUGAAGCUCCAAGGAAUAGCUUGGAAUCACAAGAUGAACAGAAUUUCAAAAUCCCAAAGAACAUAAUAACAAGAGGAGGAAGUUUCAAUGAUCUUUCCUCUGACGUUUCAUCUCCCGGAACAAAGACACCAACUUUGGUAGCAAGACUAAUGGGUCUUGAUCUUCUUCCUGAUGCAAACUCACCUUCUUCAUCUUCCUCUUCUUCUCUCUCAACUCCAAGCAGACAAAGCCAUUACCAUACUAGACCAAAACCAGACAAGAUCAAAAUAAUGAAACACAGACACAGCACAGACAGUGUCAUCAUGCGGUCUUUGCCUGAAACUCCAAGGUUGUCCUCAGAAAAAACAUCAUCAUUUGUUCAACAUAGACUCUCUCUACAAAUCAACAAAGAAAAUAUGAUUCACGGUGAAGAUUUAGACACUCCUCCUCGGUUUUCAUUCUCAAAGAUCAGAAAACAUGUUAAGGAAACUGUUGGUGGAAGAAAAGUUGGCAAAGACAUCACCAACAACACAAUCAAAAUUUCUAAUGAACAUGAACAUGAACAAGAACAAGAACAAGAGAAAGCGCUGAAACCGCUAGAAGAAUCAAAACAAGGAAAACAUUCAAACACAUCAUCUCACUCCCCAAGACUCAGCAGAUUCAAUGAUAACAACGUCAACAACAACCACAGACAUUCUCCAACUCUCAAAGACCAAAACACACAUCAAGUAUUAAAACAAUCAUCACGACCACCUUUGGUCAACAUUGAAGCACGGGUUUCAAGAGAUUCAACAAAGACUAAAACUCAAGCAAUGUCAGAACAGAAAGAGAUGAUGACGAAGGACAACAAAUCUUUCCCAAAAUGCAAGAAAACAGCACAUGGGAAUACGAGUCCACGGAUCAACAAGAAUCAACAGACAACAAUAAGAAACAAGCAACAAGAGUCUUUCAUUAUUCGACCUUCAUCAUCAACAACCAAAACCAAGAAAACUCAUCCACUUUCAAACAACACUCUCCUUCUCAAAACACACCCUUCUCCUCCAGAUACAAAAAUCCCUCAAAAACAGGUGAAUGAUGAUGUCCAAGAAUCCAAAAACAUUUCACAGUUAUUUAGUUCUUCGAGCCAGAAGUACACUCUCUGCAACCAAACAACCAAGGAUGAAUCAAAAUCUAACGGUUCUAUUGCAGCCGUAGGCGAAGACCAAGAACCAGAAUAUCAGUACAUCACAACCGUUCUAAACCGUACAGGAAUACACAGAGAACCAAUAACAAAUCUUCAACAUUUUCAAUGGUUCUCUUCAACACAUCCAUUAGACCCUUCAAUUUUUCACCGUCUUGAACUCUACCCAAACAAUAAAGAUAACGAAUUUACACAGAAAAACCAUCUGGGUCCACUCUGUAACCGUAGAUUACUAUUCGAUUUACUAGACGAAGUGUUGUCGGAGAUCCUCACCAAACCAAACAGUUACCGCGGGUUGUUGUUAGUAGACACAGUAUGGAACAAAGUUCGGAGUUUCCCACGUGCGAAAUGCGAGGUUUUAGAAGACAUAGACGGGUUAAUAGAAAUGAAAGACUUGAUGGAUAAGAUGAAGGAAGAAGAAGGUGAAAAACUGGUGGCGGAAAUUGAAAGGAAGGUAUUAGAAAUGUUAGUGAAUGAAACAAUAACCGUUAUGGUGGGUCCUAACCGUUGA